GUGUGUGUGUGUGUGUGUAUGUUGUGUGGUAUGUACGCGUGUAUGUGUCGAUAUAUUGUGGCCUCCUCGAAAAUGGUUCGUGCAUUUUCGCAUGGCCGUUUUAUUUUCGCCUUUUAAAGAUUUAUAUAACAAGGCCUAAAUUCAGUUACUUAUUUAACACGCGUAUAUCUUUCACUGUUCAAACACAAAAGUUGACUUUUUGACUGUCAUGAAAGAAUAAAGAUAAUUUUUUAUCGCUAAAAAAUUCACUUGAAAGUCUACAGUUUACGAUCGAUCACGAUGAAAGAUAAUAUCAUUGUAAUCGUCAUUUAAACAUGAUAUUUAAUUGAAGAAUUUAUCAUUACUCGGAAUUUUUGAAAGGUGAAUGCGUGUCACAGAUUGUCAUUGUGCAAUUUCAUCUUGUUCAUUUCGAAUGACUUUACUAUCUCAAUAGGGUGGGCGAAUGUGUGAGGAAUAAAAAUAACAUAUAAAAGAGAAAAAGAAUAAAAAAUAAAAAUAAAAAAGGAAAAGAAUAAAAGAAAGUAAAAGAAAAAACAAAUUGUAAAAUUGAUGUGUGCCACUUAUUUAUUGUUUUGUCUUUUCUCUGUACGUGUUUCCUCUGGCACAAGUUGUAUACAAUAAAGGUUGAAUCGAUGAGAAAAGACUUUUAUAAUUCAUUUCUAGCGUGGGCGAAGCUUACAUUAGACGCGACUGGAAAGAUAACAGAAAACGAUACCGUUCAUGUCACCAAGAUAUCACGUUGAUUCAAAUGGUGUUAAGGUCGAAUGCGUUUUUUUAAUUGAGGAAGAAAACUUGUGUCCAAGUGCCGAAAGUGUUUUUCGCGAUAUAGAUAAAAGUGUGCCUGUUAACAACGUUUUGUUAGUUUAUCGUACUCAUUUUCAUGACAAAACUUCCACAAUAUAUGACUAACAUGAUAGACAUUUGGUUAUAAACUCUAACACCAGUUAUAUCUCAAAUACAUAAUAUCUUCGACUGAACCUGUCCUUUUCUUGGAUCAAUUAAAUUAUCAUUUAGAAACUUUAUUCUCGAGAACGAAGAAAUUUAACGAUGAAAUACAUCGGACAUUUAUUAGAUACAAUGAAGAAGCAGAUACAAUGAACUGUUAGUGUUUUUGAAGAUUACAACUUUAAUGAUCAUAAUAUAACAUAUUAAAUUGCCCCAAUAAGAUAUAUACUUCACCUUAAGAAUAAUAAGUAUAUGUAAAUAAAGGAGACGAAGGAGGAGGUUUUACUUGAAAUGGACUCAGUAGCGGUUACCGUUCCGCUUCGUCAACCAACGAAAAAAAUGAAGAAACGUAAGGAAUUGGAUGCACUUGCACCUCCGCAUGCUGUUUCCAGAAGAACUUCUGGAAAACGUAGUUCACAGGAAUUAUUGACAGAUAGCAGUGACGAACGUUCAGAAUAUUGGAACACUUCGACAAGAAGCAGUCGCAAAUGCAGAGGAAGAAGAAGCCAAGCCUGUCCGGGAUUUCUUAAGGCUUGUAGUGCCUUUUUGGCGUGCGCUUCUGUCUUAGCUACUGCUAGCUUAAUAUGGCUUUUUAUUGACGUUCGUCAACAACUCAGCGCCUUAAGAACGGAAUUGGAUCAAGUAAUUGCCGGUAAUGAGGGUGUUCCUGAUACUUUGCAAAAAUGCCAUUCUAUGUCGAGAGAUUUGCAAAAUAAUCAAACAGUUAUUUUUACUCAUCUCACAGAUCUCAGGCUACAAAUAAGUAAUGUUACCAUUCAGUUAGCGAAUAUACAACAUGGAUUGCAUCAAGUUCAAGAAUGGGUGCACGCUGCUCCGGAACUUGCUAAUGUUCCUAAAGAUUUAAAAGCACUUUCUACAACAGUUGUUUCGUUGGGUAGUCAAAUAAGCGAUUUGGAUUCGACCGUAACAAAGUUGAAAGAAACUAAUACACGUGUACAAAACUUUCAAACUACCGUGUUACAAAAUAUAACCAACAUACAGCACACUAUUUCUGAAUUGAGUAAUUUAACGCAAAAGCCUCAGAUCUUAACUACCAAUGAAACCAAAUUGAAAACCGAAGAAUUAAAUGCUGCGAUAUUGCAUGUAACAAAUAACUUGACGCACGUUAAUGAAACCCUUUCAAGAACUCUUCAAUGGGCAAGUGAAGAUCAGAAAAAAGAUCAUAAAAUAUUGAACUCCCUGUUGGAUACAACCCAAAAUGUUAGUACAAAGGUUAUAUCUUUGCAAGGAGAAUAUGCUAAAAUAUCUGAACAAAUAACUACAUUACCAUCGUUAACAGAACAGGUGAAGCAAAUACAUGCAGCCAGCAUAGAAUUAAACGAUAAACUAAAACGUUUGGAGCAAUCUUAUAUUGCUGUUAAAAAUUCAACUACUGUUAUGCUAAAUGCAAUAACGGAAAUGAAAAAUGAAAGAAAGAUUGUAAACGAGCAAGACACGAAAGAAAUGACUAAUGAAGGAAGUCAAAGCGUUCAGAGGAUAAGCACAAACACUUAAAUAUAAGAUAAAUAUAAGUAGAAUAUAAAUAAUAUUUCCAAAAUUGCGAUUUUCAAAACUAGCUCCUGCACGUUUGAUAAACAGUCUGUAGGUAACAUAAAAGAGAUGUGUAAUUGUAAAUACUAAUAAGAUAGGAAAGUUUAUGAAACUAUCUAUUUAGCAGGAAUUACAUAUAUAAACUCUGAGUCACGUAUGCCAUCUCAAAGAAAAAGAUGUUAUAUUGAAGUGUAUAAUAGAUAAAUUAAUUGACACAAUUAAAUGAACAUUCUAUGAGUGAAACUGUCUAUGAUCUUGUGAAAACUAUCUAUACCAAGCAAUAAUUUGUACAAUUAUGAUAUUAAAAUUCUGAUACAUUGAAAGUACAUACAUUUGGAAAUACUUACAAAGUACAAAAUCGACAUUUUUAUCAACAUUAUAUACCCUUAAUUAUAAAUUUCUACAGACAUUAUAGAAUGAUUCGUAUAUCCAUUUAGAUUUUUUCAAAUUACUUACAAACUCUUUGUUUAAAUAAGCACUUUUCAAAUGACACUUUCCGUCAAAUGGUUUAAAUUAUUCCUUAAUUUUCCUAGGAAUCAAAUAGUUAAUUAUUUGUUUUUCAUAAAAAUAUAUUUAGAAUAGUAUUGUUUAUAAGUAAUUAAGUCUAUAAAUAGGCACAAUGAGUGCUAUUUUGUACGACAAUCUAUAUGAAAAUAUGGUCAUAUAGAGGUAAUCAAAGCUACGCACAUUAUAAUAUAUGCGCAGUAUUAUACUUAAUUAGUCCAAAAUAUAAUUAAAGUCAUAUAUUGUAUAU